AAGAUUUGCCCGCCCAAAUUAAACGCUCCACCCCCCCAAAACCCUAGCUUUCAAAAUUGAAACUCCCAUCCGAAAAACCACCUCUAUCUCUCUCUCUUCUCUCCCUCCCCUCAGUUCGAGCUCUGAUCUAUUCAACGAUCCCCCCAGAAUCAGUGCUACUUAGCGACGAUCCUUAAAGAUCCGAUCUUGACGAAUGGCCGACUCCGAAUCCACUCCAUCUCUCCCUGCUCCUGCUCCCCUCUCAUCCAGGAAGGAGAACAUCACUCCCAUGAGCUCGAAGAUCGCGGAGUUGAACGAAUCGAGGUCGGAGCUUCUUACUCGAAUCCAAAGCCUAAAGCAGGAUUUGCAAGGUUGGAGGUCCAAGUUGGACACCCAAGUCAAGAUCUACAAAGAUGAACUUUCAGAACUUAAGAAAUCACUUAAUGUUGAGGUGGAACAACUCAGAUCGGAAUUUAAGGAAUUGAGAACCACUCUUCAGCAGCAACAGGAGGAUGUCACCACUAGCUUAAGGAAUCUUGGGUUGCAGGAUGUUUCAGGAGAUACCAAGGACAAUGUGAUCCAAAGUCCAAUUGUCAAAGAAAGAGAGGAUGGUGUGGAUGCUGAGCAUGUUCCUACGGUAGUCAUAAAAAAGGAAGAACCUGAAUACUGAGCAGUAUUCAUUUUUGAGGUCCAUCUCUUGUGAAGAAGAGAAUAUUACUUCGUAUGACAAAUAAUCAGUCACGUCCACCAUUAUGUUCAAAAAUGUUGUAGUUUACAAUCAUUAUCUGGCGUAAAGAAUCAAUUAAGAAAGACUCGCUCUCUUCAUUCAUCAAUUGAUUUGAUCACCUUUAUCUUGUGAAUUUUUCUAUACAGUUGAUUUUGUAAGUCUUUUCAAUCAAGUGUUCAAAUUUUUA